AUGCUUUUCAACGAAACAUUAAGAGAACUAAAUUGCUUAUGGUCCUCAGCUAAAAAUUCUCAUAGGUCCUCAGGCUUAACUUGUUUAAUUUCCGCUAACUCCAUUAAAAAAGGUUUGAUUGGAGAACUUUGCAGACUUGUAGUUAUGUUACCAUUAAAAAAUAUAAAAAAAGAAGAAAAGUUCUGUAAAACACUUUCUGAACUUUAUCAACAACUUAAGGGCGAGAUUAAAAAAGUAGAACCUAAAGAGGCAAGAAAAAUCUGGCAAGAAUUGUAUUCAGAAUUUUGUAAGCAACAUAGUUAUAACAAAGAAGAAAGAAAUUCAUGA